CUGACGGCAUGAAGGCGGUCAAACGUCACUUCCGCCUGGUGGCCUGAAAGCGCAGGCGGCCAUAUUACUUUAGCUUACACACUCACGCGCUAGCAGCAGUUUGUUUAUGCUGUGAAGUGCAGCUGUAUUUUAACCAAACUCUCUCAGUUUAGCUCAAGCGGGACGAUGAGCGGCGGCACGCCGUAUAUCGGCAGUAAGAUCAGUUUGAUCAGUAAGGCGGAGAUCCGUUAUGAAGGCAUUCUCUACACCAUCGACACGGAGAACUCCACCGUCGCGCUCGCCAAAGUGCGCUCCUUUGGCACCGAGGACCGACCCACGGACCGUCCCAUCGCACCCAGGGAUGAGAUAUUUGAGUAUAUUAUAUUCAGAGGAAGUGACAUCAAAGACCUGACGGUGUGUGAACCUCCCAAACCAACAUGCUCUCUGCCUCAGGACCCCGCCAUUGUUCAGUCCUCUAUGGGAUCUUCCACUGGCCUACCAUCAUCCUUCCAGUCUGGGAAGUCAUACGGGCUGUUCAACCGUCCACAAGUCACGCCAUACACCCAGUUCAACCCCAGCUCACUGGUCUCACCGCAGUUUGGCACUGUUGGAGUCGGAAGUACAAUGGGAUUGUUUGGUAGUGACACUGGCAUGACUGCAGCACUGUCUCAGAGCAGUACUGUUGCCUCUGCUUUCAACAGUGACACUUUGUGUGCAUUCAUAGCAGAAGGUCACACCAGUCCAGCUCAGGACCCUCUGCAAAAGAGCCCCACAGUGGAGCCUGCUGCCCAAUCAGUCACUAGUGCUGCUCCCACAGCUGUGGGUCGCAAGAGCCCCGUGUCAACUCGCGCAGCCUCCACCAAUACUCAGAAGCCUGUGGACCUCACAGAACAGACCAGGGGCGCCGAUGUCCCGAAACCAAGCGUACCCGAGUCCAGUCAGUCCAGAGGAGGAAACAGGGACGCUUCUAAACGGCUUGCAGCUGGUGGUCCUCCUGCUGUCCGACGGGGUCGUGCCGGAGGUCAUCGUGGAAGAGGACGAUUCCCUGUGCGGAGAGAAGGACCCAUGAAGUUUGAGAAAGACUUUGACUUUGAGAGCGCCAAUGCUCAGUUCAACAAAGACGAGAUUGACAAAGAGUUCCAGAGCAAACUCAAACUCAGAGAUGAGAAGCCCGAAAAGGCUUUGAAUGGCGAGGAUAAAGGUGAUUCGGGAGUUGACACUCAGAACAGCGAAGGAAAUGCUGAUGAGGAAGAUCCUCUCGGACCAAACUGCUACUACGAUAGAUCCAAAUCCUUCUUUGACAACAUCUCCUGUGACGACACAAGGAAGGCCGCUGAGAGAUCUGGAGGAUCCGGUUUCCCCCGAGAGAGGAGGCAGACCUGGGCGGAGGAGCGGAGGAUGAACGCAGAGACGUUUGGCCUCCCGCUGCGGCGGGGUCGCGGAGGCUUCAGAGGUCGCGGUGGCAUGGGCUUCAGAGGGGGCCGAGGCCGCGGAGCUGGACGGGGGUGGUUUGGAUCUCACCCUGGUGGAAGUGGCUUUAGAGGGGCAUUCAGAGGAAGCCAAGGAGGAAGAGAGUUCUCUGACUUUGAAUACAGGGUAAUGAACGAGUCAAAUUAUGCUCGUGAUAAGCAUUUUACAACCCUCGACAAUGCGAGUAAAUCUCUCGCUUAUGCGACUAAAUGUUCAUGCUAG